CUUCAGUUCGUUUAAUCGGACUGUUGAAGAAACUUGCUUUUGUGUACGCUGACAGACUCCUCUCGCGUUUGGCAUUUGGAGGACUAGAGGAAACUUUUGCAUUCUCGACAAGGUGGAGGUCCGAGUUACGUUUUUCAGAUCUGUCUGUGAUAUGAGCUGCACUUCUCUCAAUCUGACACACUGCACAAACAUCACUGGAUCAUAGUCAAGGACGGGUGUGGAGCAUGUGGGCCAGUUGUUGUAACUGGCUCUGUCUGGACUCGCCCACUGCGGAGGAGACCAGCAGUCAUAGAACUAGCUCACGCCAUCAGGCAUAUACCAACUCAGGCUACAACAGCUACCCGUCUCCCACGGCUCCAGAGCACAUGUGUAAGGCUUGUGGAGGCCAUUUUAGUGCUCUUGAAAGAAAGCAUGUAUGCGUCGACUGCAAAAAGAAUUAUUGUAGUCGCUGCUCCGCACAGUUAGAGGCUCACCCACGGCUGUGCCACACGUGUCGGCGUUUCCAUGGUACCAUGUUUGAGCGUGCUGAGCUGAUGAAGCUAAAAGUAAAGGACUUGAGGGACUACCUUCAUUUGCAUGAAGUCCCUACGCAAAUGUGCAGAGAGAAAGAGGAACUUGUGGAGCUAGUCCUUGGUCAACAUACUCCUACCUCUGAUGCAUCGACUCCAAGUGGGACGCAUGCACACACCCCUCCUUCUGAACAAGAAGUAAUCUCUGAACCAACCACAGUGACUGAGCAACCAUCUACAGGGAGCGAUGUUAUGACUGAUCUGACUACCCAGUCACAGACUCCAGAGGAUGAACAGUCAUCAGACUCGGAUGAGGCGUUGCCCUCAGGUCGCCGGGCAUCUCUUUCAGACAUUACCUCGGUGGAUGAUAUCGAGGCUCUGAGUGUGCGUCAGCUAAAAGAAAUCUUGGCCAGGAACUUCGUCAAUUACAAGGGCUGUUGUGAAAAAUGGGAACUGAUGGAGCGUGUGACACGCCUCUAUCACGACCAGAAGGAUCUGCAGAACCUAGAUUCUACAGCAGCAGCCACCGUGGAAGAAAACCUGUGUAAGAUCUGUAUGGACUCGCCAAUCGACUGUGUGCUUCUGGAAUGUGGACACAUGGUCACGUGCACAAAGUGUGGCAAGCGCAUGAGCGAAUGCCCCAUCUGCAGACAGUAUGUGGUCCGGGCUGUGCAUGUUUUCCGAUCAUGAACAUCAGGGUUUUUUGGUUACAUGGAUCAAAAACAAUUUCUCAUCUUUUUAUCCUCUUUUAUAUAAAUAGUUUCCCAGAGAAAGAAGUUCAUUACUGUGCUGCUGCAUUUGACUUACCAGCAGCCAUUGAACUGGUUGAACGGUGAAUAGAAGAAAAAAACAAUACACUAGCAAUACUUUAUCUUGUGUUUAGCUCAUUUUAGCAUGGGGUUUGAAAUGACUGCACUUCUUACAAUGCUGGAUCAUUACUUAGAAUUUUUGGAUUUAUAAGAAUGAUUUAGAAUUGUAAAUAGUUUUCUAACACAUUCGUUACAAGUCCAGUUUAAACCAAAAUGACCAAAGUCUUUCCAUGCAAAUUCACUAGUUAUGUGGAAUGCAGCAUCAGCCAGAUUAUAAGCUCUGCUGACCGAAACCUGUUCUGUACACUGAUGAUAAUGCUCGCUUACUCACUUACUCAUCUUCUAUACAGCUAUAUCCUGUCUUCAGGGUCGCAGGGACCUGGAGUCUAUUCUAGGAGGCUUAGGUCACGAGGCGGGGCAAACUCACACAUCCACUCACACACUACGGGCAAUUUGGGAGGGGCAAUUAGCCUAACCCUGGAGGUGCAAGGCGAUUAAAGCUUAAUUGCACAAUUUCAGUAUUGCGUACACGUCCAAGCAGAACACGAACUAUACUCCCACAUCCCAUGAUGAUAACUGUAGUCUGCAUAGGGCCAAAUCUGUGUGACUAGUUUGACGAGCAUGAUGGACCAUGGUGACAGUUUGACAGGCUUGAGAAAUCACCAAAUCCUUCAGAGCAGGUAACACGAAAAUGUCAGUCAGUGAAAAGAUGGACUGCGUCUGACAGGAAAUAUCUCAGGAAAACCUAUCCUGACAGGAUAUUGGUGGUAUUAAGGCUAGGGAAAACAUAAUAAGGUGUCAAGAAUGAAACAUGCUUAGAUGUUGUAAUAAUUUUCACUUGGUUAACUGCAUUAGCCUUGCUAUUCUUAGGGACUAAUAAGAUACUUAAGACUUCAUCUUAUAAAUUUAAACCUAAAUCUGAAUUUAUCUCUGUGAAGCAUGAACAUUUCUGCUAUUAAUUGUUUUAUAUUGAAUGCAGUCUGAGAUGAAGUUGAGUCUGCAGGUCUAUAUUUCACAAGCAAAGAAUGAAUUUGCUAUAAAACUAAAGUGAAAAGUGCCCGAAUCUCUGUGAGAAAUCUUUUCUUGUGAAAUUAGACGUUGACAGAAGUCACUUUUACUGCAUACAUUCUCAUUCCUUUAUAAAAUGAACAAAAACCACAUGUAAUAAUACAUUAAAAGGAGUGUUUCCAUAAUUAUCAAUGGAAGAAAAAAUAUCACUUUCAGGAGCAGUGAUAACUACAUUGUCUUAGGAUGAAUGAUAAAUAGUCUAAACUUACAUUUUGCGAAAAUGUGUGAGAGACAUUUAUGUGCAAAAUAAUGCUAACAAACAUGCAGUGCAUUAGUAUUUUUUUUUCCCUGUCAUCUAAACCUGUAAAGUAAAUAACUAAUAUGUGCUGCUGUUAUCACUGUUAAACCUGUGCAACAGAACAUCCAGAUAAUAAAAGUCCAUAUUGUCUUUUAUUGCUAAUUCUAAUAGAGUAAUAGUGUGGCAGUGCAGUGCACUCUGUGGGCUUCAAGCUUGCAGUGUGAAGCAGUGAUGCAUCAGAAUUUAAAGGUUGUUUCUUUGGGAUGGGAGGCGUGGUUAGGGAGAAGCUAACCAGGCUUCACUGGAAACAGUUUUACAUUUAUAGCCUUUUGGCUUCAGGAACCGGUUUGAGGAAGUAGGUGAAAUAUUAGCAGUAUUUCAGCCCUAUGCACUGAUGCAAGUCUAGAUACUGUGCCAAAAUAAGAUUACUGUCUCUGUCUAUGGCACUCUCUGGUUCUAAAUGACUGCUAAUACAUCUCGGUGCCUUCAGAUUUCUCAGAUUAGUGGAUUUUAAAAGUAAUUUAUGCUGAAGUAGUUUUGGGACAGUGUGUGCUAAAGCAGAAAUGUGCCUUCACGCAGAGUGUAGAGAUGCGGGUUUAUGGAAACCAAAUGGAUUUAUGAUAAACUGUGUAACACCUGUAAAGCACAGCACCUUAAUUCAUGUCAAAUAUUGCAUGAUAACUGUUUUUAUAUUGUUAGGCUGUUACAAACUCUUCAGUUCUUUGCCUUUGGGACAUUUUGUUUAAUAAUCACUUUUAACAAUAUUUUAAUCCAGGGAUCUUUUACAGUUCUCAGAUGCUGUAGAAUAGCCAGUGCUAAUUGUAACUGAUUAAAUAAAAACCUAUUUGUAAAUUAAA